AUGUCAACGAGUUAUAAAAUAGCCGGCGUGGUGGACGUUCUACAGCCAGCCCAUCAGAAGUACAAGGAUGCGCUUUAUAGCGCUGGCCAAGCAAUGGAGGAUCUGAUACAUAUAUGCCGAAGUGUACAGUUCGAAACGCACGAAGGCUGGGAGAAACGUGCAAGUCGCAAGAAUUUCAUUGUUUACUCGAAGUUAUUUCCGAUCGGCAACGUUUUCACGUUAAGAACCGAAAUCGAGUUUCCAUUGGAGCAAAUUUUUCGCGAACAUUGGAAUAACUUCGAGAAAACACCUCAAUUCAACAAAAAUGCAGCAUUUGCUAAGAGGGUUGUAACGUUGGCGCCUCUGGCCGAUAUUAUUCAUUAUGGUCUUAGUGAGGAUAUCGGUGUGAGUGCACGUGACUUCUUGGCGGGUCGCAUGACUCGACGAUUGGGCAACGAAAUUUUUGUGGCUGCGAGGAGUUUUGAGGAGAACUCCUACGAGAGCAUUAAAGACAGCAUACGUGGGAAUCUGGUAUUGGGAGGUGCUCGUUUUCGUGCAAAUCAAGCGAAUCCAAGAAAUACGAUCAUUGACUACGUGUUGUGUGCAGAGUUAAGUGGAUCUGAUGUGAGCAGUGAGAAGAAUGAUCAAAUUCUGAUGAAAUUCAUGAUUGAAGAUAUUGAAUGUGUUAAGAAUCAAAUUCAGCACAUUCGAGUUCGAGUAGAACGUAAAACUCGUAUGGGUGUAGCACGAUAG